AGAAAGUUUGACCAAGGAGGACCAACAAUUUAUAGGAUGACCAAGGACCAAGGCAAGAGGUUGGGUGGCAGUGAUGGUCAGUGGUCACAAGGAUGUUGGUGAUCAUAAGCAAACACUUUGGCCUCACCAUUUGACAACUCAGGAUUAUAACUAUGAAGUCACAAGUGCGAGAAGCAACCCUUACGAGCUCAGCACCAGUUCUGGCAGGGAUGUCUGCCUUUCCCCUCUCACUAGGUGCAAUACAGCAUCUCUGUUGUGCACCCUUGAGGCUGACAUGCAACAGAAUUUGUGCACCAUUAGCUGGACUUAGUGCCGUAGCAGCUGCAGGACUAGUGGCAACAUCUACUUAUUUCGGCGUCAGAAAAUUUCAGGGGUAUAAACUAGAUGUUUCACUUUCAGACCAAGCAUCGUUAGUUGCCGCCCCAACUGCUGUAGCAUUAACAUGUGGGACUUUCAAACUCUUAGGUGGACGGUUCAAAAACAUCUUGCCAAGCCAUCUUUUACAUCCAGGUGCCUUUGGCAAGAAGGCAUUGCCAGCAUCUUUAAAGUAUGCCAAUCAAACCCAGAAAGUCCAUAUCCAACAGCUUGGUAGGAAGUAUGGUUGCCACUCCUGCGGUGCAAAGUUUGGAGGCCUGAAGACUUCCUACGGCAAAGUUUUCCAGAAGAUGAAACUGAAGGAGAAGAUCGGAAUCUUGGUAGGAGGAAGGUUUAUAGCAGAUCAUCAGCCACCAUUAGCAGUUUACGAGGCAGCGUUCAGGGACAACAAAAGGGCCAAGUACUCGUCCCCUGCGUUCUACCCGCAGUGCCAGAAGUGCAGCUCCCAGCAGAGACUGUACCUGGGUGCUGUCAGCAGGGGGAAGACAGAGCCCUUCUCUCCUGUGGUGACACAUGCCUCGUCACUCAGGCUGUAUCAUCUAUGGCUGCCUUGGCCGUGGAUUUUGACAGAACUCUUCCAAAUGUUGCACUCUUAGUCACGGUUAGUCGUUCUCAUAUGGGCAGAUGUAA